AUGGUGAGUGCUUCUACUGGCGCUAUGAAUGCUCUCCUUGGUAAGUUGGCCACCCUCAUGGGAGAGGAGUUUAGUAAGCUGAAGAACCUACGGAAAGAAGUGAAGUUCAUCAGCGAUGAGCUCGGGAGUAUGAAGGGUACUCUAGAGAUGCUUGGAGAUGUGGACGACCUGGAUCCACAAACCGAGAGCUGGAGAGACACACUGAGGGAGAUGUCGUACGAUAUUGAAGACAUCAUAGAUGACUUUAUGCACCACAUUGGGGAGAAAAGAAAAAAUAGUUGGUUUGCUAGGAAGACAGCUCGGCUCCUCAAAGAGUUGAGAGCCCGCUAUCGGAUUGCCAAUCGGAUCAAGGAAAUCAAGGCACUUGUGCUCGAGACAAGUGCACGACGCCAAAGGUACAAGUUUGAUAUUCCCUCGUCAAGUGAUGUGUCCAUUGACCCACGACUUGCCACACUCUAUGAAAAUGCAGCUAACCUUGUUGGCAUCCAAGCGCCAAUGCAAGAAAUUGUCAAUUGGGUGAAUGGCGAGGAGAAGCAGUUGAAGGUAGCAUCAGUAGUGGGAUUUGGAGGUCUGGGUAAAACAACACUUGUCAAUGAGGUAUAUCGCAGUCUCAAGGGUGAUUUUGACUGUAGUGCAUUUGUCUCGGUGUCUCAAAAACCAGAUAUUACAAAACUCAUCCAUAGUUUACUAUCAGAACUUAGGAGUGAAACAUCUUCUCAAAGUUGCGAGUUCAAUGUUCUUCUUAACACACUGAGAGAAUAUCUACGACAUAAGAGGUACUUUAUUAUAAUUGAUGAUAUAUGGAACGCAGAAGUAUGGCGUGUCAUUAAAUGCGCUUUUCCGGAAAAUGAUCUUGGCAGCAGAGUAAUAGCAACUACAAGAAUUCAGGAUGUGGCCAAAGCAUGUUCUUCCCACCAUCGUGAUUACAUUUUAAACAUGAAGCCCCUUAGCAAUGAAGACUCAAGAAGAUUGUUUUUUAGUAGGAUAUUUGGCUUGGAAGAAGCUUGCCCUCACCAUCUCAGAGACAUUUCACUUGAAAUCCUCAAAAAGUGUGGUGGUUUACCUCUUGCAAUCAUUAGUAUAUCUAGCAUGCUAGCCAGUGAAGGUACUCAGCAAAAAGAAAGGUGGGAGCAUGUGCGUGACUCUUUGAGCUCAGGAACAAAUCUCACCUUGAAUGGGGUGAGGCAGAUCUUGAACCUCAGCUACAUAGAUCUUCCUUGUCAUCUCAAGACAUGCUUGUUGUAUCUUGGUAUGUAUCCAGAGGACUACACAAUAGAGAGGUUUAAUCUAGAACGUCAAUGGAUAGCUGAAGGAUUUGUCAGUGAAGAAAAUGGACAAGAUGGUGCGGAGGUUGCAAAAAAUUAUUUCAAUGAGAUGGUCAAUAGGAGCCUUAUUCAACCUGUAGAAUUUGACAAUAGAGGGUCAGUGACACGAUGCAGAGUACAUGAUAUGAUGCUUGAUCUUAUCUUGCAUAAGUCUGCGAAAGAGAACUUUUUCACUAUAAUUGAUGACCCACAAGCCAUUACAGGAAUGAAUUACAAGGCCCGUCGUCUGUCUACACAAGCCAUUACGGGAAUGGAUUACAAGGCCCGUCGUCUAUCUAUCCGCUUAGAUGUUGGAAGUAAUGGUCGAACAAUAUUACCAAGGAACAUCAGUAUGUCACAUGUUCGAACCGUUAUGUUCUUUGGGAGGUCUGAGAACACACCUCCCUUGUCAGAAUUCAAGUUCCUCCGAGUUCUAUUUUUUGAUCUCGACCAUGCUAGAGUUGACCUCAUUGGACUGUGUAAUAUGUAUCAGCUGAGGUAUUUAUGGAUAAAUUGUUUUUGUUCAUACCAGCUGCCGACACAAAUUAGAGUGCUACAACAGUUAGAAACACUUGAUCUGGUCAGCUGUUCCAGUGUUCCAUCAGAUAUAGUUUAUCUAUCGGGUUUGGUGCAUUUGAAUGUUGAUACAUGGCUACCUAAUGGGAUUGGUAACUUGAAAUCCCUGCGACACCUAUGUAGAUUUGAUAUUUUGGUGAACUCCCUAUAUAACAUCAGGAGCCUCAGAGAGCUGACCAAUCUGAGAUAUCUAAUUAUUUCAUGUGACUAUUAUGCUGAGGACAUGGACAGCCGCAUGGAUGCUCUACGCUCUUCUUUGGAAAGCCUUUGUAGCCUUCAGUGCCUGUUUAUCAGUCUCACGGGGUUCAUAGAUGGCUUGGUACCCUUGGCUCCUCCCUCGGCUCCUUACCGCCUUGAGCGACUGAUUGUGUCAUGGAAGUGCCGUUUUUCCAGGGUCCCUAGUUGGAUGGGAGAACUCUGUAACCUCCGUGAGUUACAAUGCACAUUUUGUGAGCUGUUAAAUGAUGGUGUUGGUAUCCUAGCGGAGUUGCUGUUUCUCACUGACCUAUAUUUGAAAGUAGGAAGGUCCAUUAGAGAAACUAUUAUCAUCUCCGGGGACGGAGCAUUUCCUGCACUAAAGCGUUUUAAACUCCGGUUAAGUAGGGCCUCGUACCUGACCUUCCAAGCUGGUGCAAUGCCCAAACUCGAGAUGCUGAAGCUAAUGUUCAAUGCCUGUGCACUAGAGCAGAACAGGAUCGCCCCUACCGGCAUCGAGCACUUGUUAGCACUUGAAGAAUUGCACGCAGAAAUUGAUUGUGACGGUAUUAGGGAGUCCGAAAAGUCAAGCUUAGAAUCUGGAUUGAUGAGUGCUAUCAACAUGCAUCGAAAUCAUCCUCGUGUUAUAAUCGAUCUUUGGGAUCACAAUUGAGAUUUUUUCAAGGAUCACAAUUGAG